UUGUCUAUGUUAUCAUUUCUCUUCUGUACACUUUCCCUUUAAUAUUAAUAAUAUUGCUAUUUAUUAUAUGCCCUAAUGUUUAGUUUUGAUAUCAAUUAAGAAUUCUCAAUCUCACAAAAAGGAGCUGUUAGUAUUACUAAAGGCUGUGUCCAUUGAAGAUCAGAAAAUAAGGAUUUUCUCUCUGGAUUCUUUGGAAGUUUGGUUAUCUCUCUUUACAAAAUUGGAUUUCCGAGGAAUUAGUAUCUGGUAAACACACUACAUUGGUAUUGACUAAUUUGAAGAAGAAUGAGGAAAAAUGGGAAUUCUCAUUCAAUAAGACACUUCAGUGAUAGGAGAUGGCGUCUUCCAUUUUUUGCGAGUUUGCUUGUCUCGAUUACUCUAUUUUUUGCUGCGUAUUGUGGGAUAUUCUCGUCUACGAAUGGCGGAGACCUUGAUCUUAUUUCACUUGCUAGAACUGAAGAUUCUAGUGAGUAUUUCUUAGAAUCAGAUUUUAAGAAUUCUUAUGAAAAAUCCGGGGAUUCGAAAAUGGAAGCUCCAAGGAUAGCUUAUCUUAUUUCGGGGACAAAAGGAGAUAGUCAGAGAAUGAGGAGAACAUUGCAGGCGGUCUAUCAUCCAAGGAAUCAGUAUAUUUUACAUUUAGAUCUUGAAGCUCCACCUAGAGAACGGAUUGAUUUGACAAUGUCUAUUAAGGCUGAUCCUACUUUUCGUGAAUUGGAAAAUGUGCGGGUAAUGGCACAGUCGAAUUUGGUGACUUACAGGGGACCUACAAUGAUUGCUUCUACCCUUCAAGCUGCGGCAGUUCUAUUGAAGGAAGGUGCACAAUGGGAUUGGUUUAUAAAUCUCAGCGCGUCGGAUUAUCCUCUUGUUACACAGGAUGAUAUGCUUCAUGUGUUUUCUAAUUUGACAAGGAAUCUCAAUUUUAUUGAGCACACACAAAUCAUGGGGUGGAAAGUGAAUCAGAGAGCAAAACCAAUCAUCAUAGAUCCGGGUCUUUACUUAUCCAAGAAGACUGAUAUAUUUUGGACUACUCAACGCCGGUCACUUCCAACAGCUUUCAAGCUAUUUACCGGUUCUGCAUGGGUGAUGCUCACACGAUCAUUUCUCGAGUACUGUAUAUGGGGCUGGGAUAAUCUUCCACGAACUCUUCUAAUGUAUUACACCAACUUUGUAUCCUCCCCAGAAGGGUACUUUCACACUGUUAUCUGUAACACAGAAGAGUUCAAGCAUACAGCCAUAAGCCAUGACCUCCAUUACAUUGCUUGGGACACUCCUCCAAAACAACACCCUCGGGUCUUAACAAUAAAAGACUUCGACAACAUGGUGAAAAGCGGAGCUCCGUUUGCCAGGAAAUUCGCCAAGAAUGAUCCAGUUUUAGACAAGAUUGACCGAGAGAUCCUAGGUCGUUCAGAAGGGGGAUUUGUUCCUGGUGGUUGGUGCAUCGGCAAUGCGGAAGGUGAUGCUGAUCCAUGCUCUUUGAGAGGGAGUGAUUUGAUGUUUCGACCGGGCCCAGGUGCUGAAAGGCUACAAGGGUUGGUUCAGACUCUCUUGGUGGAAAAUACUGAGGACACGCGAUGUGUGUUCCAUUGAGAAUUGAUGUACAAAAACUUACCUCCAGAGCUUGUUAAUGGAUGCAAAUGCUGUUGAUGUAAAGUAUAAACACAGGCUAUAUCUGCUUUUGCACCAUUGUUUUGAAUUAACAGUUCAAAAUGGGAUUUUUGUUAUAGUCAUACUAACUGAGUUUAAUGGAAGGAGCUGUUGACAGA